GACGCCGUGUGAUGCAGGGUCAUCUGGAGGACUUGUUUCUGUUGUGUUACCAAUGCUCGUCUUCAUUGAAAAGGUCGUUGGACCUGAUGGUCGAAGAUGAGCCUCUUUCCUUCUGUCCUAUCCCAGUUGCGUCACCACGAGAUGGCAAGAUCCUUACGAGCUGAAGCUGAGACUCUGUCGCCCACCGUGGCAGGUCGAGUAAGACUCAUCGCUUCCGCAACGACCGACGACCUCGCGCCUGCUUUCCACGUGCUCAAUCUUAUCGACUUGCUGCGUCGGCUGCAGAUGGUGCUCUGCCUGACCCUCAAACGCCGCCGAUACGCGUCACAAGCCCCUCGGGACAGCGCGACGCUACUUGAGAACAUACUUCGCACAGACCGUUUCAAGCAAUACGCAGGCAACAACUUCGAAGUCGUCCAAGUGCAGGAUGGACAGGAAUGGAGAAGGCGGACGACGCGGCCAGAUGCGUCAUCUCUCGUCAAGCCGAUGGAUCACAAGUUCCUCAAGUUGCCCGAUUACAGCCUGUUGGGAGACAUACCCGACAAUUGCUUUGCUCUUGGGGACUGUGAGGAGGUCAUUGACGAAUCCCGGCAGUUCCUUCUGGUCAUACAUCCAGAGGGCACAGACAACAUUGAGCUGUUCGAGGUCCCGGAGCGUAUUGCGACUCCUUUCCCUCUCGCUCGCGCCACGGCGGCAGAACUGGUCGAGUGUUCGAACUGCAAGUACAGUUUGACGAAGGCCGAGCUGUUCCAAACAUGCUGUAGCUUCCAUCCGGGGAUGACGACCGACAGGUACCUCCCAUGUCCAGACAGCAGUGACAGCGAAGAUUGUGAUGAAGCGGAUUCGAGUUCGACCAAGUUCCACGGCAAGGUUUGGGCGUGUUGUGAAAGAGAGUACGGAGCACCAGGCUGCACGGUUGAGCGUCGACACCUGAUGGAUAGCGAAGUCGCGCCAGAAAGAGGCGAGGACGGCGCCCUGCGAACGCAGAGCUGGGAUCUGGGAAAGAGACUUCGCAGCGCGGAGGGAAGUUGUAGCGAAAGUGACGGCUGAGCUGCAACAAGCAGCCAUGAAGAUUUGGACUUGGGCACGACGCAGGCGUGCCGUUGGCGUUUGGAGGUUGCUUUGGACAUCAUUUGGCGGCCAUCGGGACAGGACAUCGCUGGCAACGGCAGGAGGUUAUCUGAUUUUGGCGUACGGCUUGGGUGGAAACACAUCCUUAUGGAGUAACAGCAAGACACGGCGAAAGAGAAGAAGCAGAGAAAGAGUUUGGAAAAACGGGAUGGCAGCUGCAAACAAACCUUAGCCAGCGCUACUUCUGCUCGGACGACAAUUGCCCCUGCAUAGGUGGUCGUUGCUUCACCGCCAGGUGUCUUGCCAAGCAUUGACG